AUGCUCUUCUUCAGCUUCUUCAAGACGCUAGUUGAGCACGAGGUCACCAUUGAAUUGAAGAACGACAUACUCAUCCGCGGUACCCUCAAAUCCGUCGAUCAAUACCUGAACAUCAAGCUAGAUGAUAUCUCGGUCGUCGAUGAAGUCAAAUAUCCACACCUAAGCUCUGUGAAAAACGUCUUCAUCCGUGGAAGUGUGGUGCGAUAUGUGCACCUUCCAGCAAAUGCGAUCGACACCCCACUACUGGAGGACGCGACACGAAGAGAAGCCGCUUCUACCGCAGCCAAGGCCAAGCAGAGC